ACUUCUAGUGGCAACAUUCACUGCUUCCUACGCUACCCGAGUGACAACAUGAGGUCCCUUAUCGUUCUCGCCGUUUUCUGUCUGAUGGCGACUAUGGCGUCUGCUGGCUACUUCGGAGGCUAUGGUCUUGGCUACGGAGGAUAUGGCGGCUACGGAGGAUAUGGUGGAUACGGAGGGUAUGGUGGCUACGGACACGGCUAUGGCGGCUACGGUGGAUACGGUCUUGGAUACGGCGGUUAUGGUCGCGGUUUUGGCUACGGAGGCUAUGGUGGACAGGGUGGUUAUGGAGGUUACGGCGGAUAUGGUGGCUACGGUGGAUACGGCGGUUAUGGCUACGGCCAUGGCUUCUACGGCUAGACAACUGUGUAAUUAAUGUGCCACAAUUAAAUUAUUAUAUUGCA